UUUUCCGGUGUGGUGGCCAUUGACCAUUCGCCAGUGUCCACCCCGUCGACGAUGGCGCAACAGAGUCCGUGGCGCAUGUUGGUCAUGCUGCCCAUGAUGUACUUCAUGGGCAAGAUCGAUUUCGAAAACGCGUGGAUCCUCAACAGCGCACGUGCGUCCUUCUUCAUGAUGCAGAUCCUGUCGUUGUUGCUUGGUCUGUGGGCGAAAUCCAAGAUUGAAGCCAAGCCCGAUAACCGCAAGAUAUACGUCCCGACCCCCAAGUCGCCCCUUGACACGAGCACGGAAAAUUCCCCCUUGACGGAAACGACCUACUUUGCCCAUGAGCUCGCGAAGUCGAAGGAAUUUAUCCAGCAAACGCUCAUCGGCGCGUGCAUUUCGAGCUUCAUCCACAUCCAAUUUGGCGUCAACCAAGUGGUUGUUAUCCAGUCGGUGAUGGUACCGCUCAACUUGUAUGACAACGCACUCUUGAAGAAGCAUAUCUUUGGCAUUGGCGGGCCUCGUUAUUGGGACGAAAAACUUGAAGACGAGUCGCUGGACGAUGCCGCGGCCCACCCAGACGCGAUCGACACUCCCGAUUCUGUCCCUGCGCCGUCGAAGAAGUCUACCAAAUCCAAGAAGUCUAUCAGCGUCGCCGAUUCCAUCAAGCAAGCUUGGGAUUUGGGCGUCGAAGCCAACUUUGAUCGAUUGCUGUCUGUGUUGAAGAACGACCCCAAUGGGUUUACGACCAAGACUUCGGACGGUUGGACACCUCUCAUGGUCGCGUGCGGCAGCCCCAUCGACACGGAGAAGGUCAUUAAGACCCUUAUCAAGGAAGGUGUCCCUGUGCGCGACGCCGACAACGAUGGGUGGACCGCUCUCCACUGGUGUGCUUUCCACGGUUGCCCCGAAUCGGCCGAAACCCUCUUGGCAUCUAUUUCAAAGGAAGAUGCUGAUUUCCUCGUGAGCGCGAAAGACUCGCAGGGCCGCACGCCGUUUGAGGUGGCGACGGAAGAGUCGAACGGCGUCGUUGCGGAGAUAUUGACGUCAGCCUCGUCCGACAGCUCGCUGCGUCAGCGCAAGGCCGCCAAGAGCGAAGCCACUCCCAUCGACGAUGUGGAUUAACAUAGACAGGUUGUCACCAUAAAAUGCACAACACAACACAUCUAGCUACAUGUCCAUGUUUGAAUUAACUGACUUGCGACAUGCGUUUCUGAA